GUCAAUUCUAUUCAAAUUUCAAGUGUAAACUGUAAAGAAGCAGUUUUGCUUGAUUACCCCGCUUUCAAAUUUAGAAAAACAAAAAUAAAACAUUUCAAAAAGAAGAACUGCUACAAAAAUUCCUAAUAACCACCGCUUUUCUCCACUACAUAUGCAAAUGCAACCACUCUUUGGAUGAAAAUUGACCAAACGCUCCCACCCACACAGAGUGCCUUUGCUAAUUGGAACAGAAAGCAUAAUAUACGACUAAGAUCUUUCCCCACGAUAAUUUCCGAAUUUGAAAUGAACUCCUGGUAAAUUAGUUGGGGUGAGAGUUGAGUUUCCGAUGGAAGAAAUAGUUGAAACACCAUUCAAGGCAUGGUCAUGGUCUGUUGAGCAGUGUCUGAAAGAGUACAAGGUGAAAUUAGACAAAGGUUUGAGCACAUACGAGGCGGAGAAGCGCAGGGAGACAUUUGGAUGGAAUGAACUUCAGAAAGAGCAGGGGAAGCCCCUAUGGAAACUCGUACUGGAACAAUUUGACGAUAUGCUUGUCAAAAUCCUCUUAGUGGCAGCUUUCAUUUCAUUUGUUCUUGCUUACCUGCAAGGAAACGAUGCCCAUGAAUCAGGGUUUGAAUCCUAUGUAGAACCCUUUGUCAUAAUCUUGAUAUUAGUCCUUAACGCUAUUGUUGGCGUUUGGCAAGAAGGUAAUGCGGAGAAAGCCCUUGAAGCUUUGAAGGACAUGCAGUGUGACUCCACCAAGGUUUUAAGAGAUGGGUAUUUAGUGCCCGAUCUGCCAGCUCGCGAGCUUGUACCGGGUGAUAUCGUGGAACUGCGUGUAGGAGAUAAAGUCCCCGCUGACAUGAGAGUUGCGGUUCUUAAAACCUCGACUUUGAGAGUCGAGCAGAGUUCGUUGACUGGGGAAGCAAUGCCGGUCUUGAAAAGCACCAAUUGUAUAUUCAUGGACGAUUGUGAAUUGCAGGCGAAAGAAAACAUGGUUUUUGCUGGAACGACGGUUGUUAACGGUAGCUGUAUCUGCAUAGUUGUGAGCAUCGGUAUGUCCACUGAAAUAGGCAAUAUACAGACACAAAUACACGAGGCUUCUUUAGAAGAAAGUGAAACCCCAUUGAAGAAGAAGCUUGAUGAAUUUGGUAAUAGGCUUACUACUGCUAUUGGCAUAGUUUGCCUCGUUGUGUGGGUUAUCAACUACAAGUAUUUUCUCUCGUGGGAGAUUGUAAAUGGGCGGCCUACGAAUUUCCAAUUUUCGUUCGAUAAGUGCACUUACUAUUUCAAGAUAGCAAUCGCACUUGCAGUAGCUGCAAUCCCUGAAGGACUCCCUGCUGUCAUUACCACCUGCUUAGCUCUCGGUACUAGAAAAAUGGCGCAGAAGAAUGCGAUUGUUCGGAAGCUUCCUAGUGUGGAGACUUUAGGAUGUACAACUGUCAUUUGUUCAGACAAAACGGGGACUUUGACCACAAACCAGAUGGCAGUGACGGAGUUCUUUACCUUGGGAGGUAAGACAACAGCUGCGAGGAUUUUCCAAGUUGAAGGCACUACAUAUGACCCCAAAGAUGGAGGGAUAGUGGAUUGGAAUUGCUAUAAUAUGGAUGCCAACUUGCAAGCUGUAGCUGAAAUUUGUGCCGUGUGUAAUGAUGCGGGGAUAUUUUGUGACGGCCGUUUAUUCAGAGUUACAGGACUGCCCACUGAAGCUGCUCUCAAGGUGUGUGAAAAGAUGGAGGUUUCUGACAGUGAUGUUAAGGAUAAAAUACGCUAUUCUAAGCUCUUGUCCAAUCAUUUGAUUGAUCGCAACACAGUCAAAUUAGCAUGUUGUGAGUGGUGGACAAAGAGAUCGAAAAGAGUUGCCACACUAGAAUUUGAUCGGAUCCGUAAGUCAAUGAGUGUUAUUGCCCGCAAGUCAAACGGGGGCAAUCGGCUUCUUGUCAAGGGUGCUGUAGAGAGUUUGCUGGAGCGUAGUUCAUAUGUACAACUAGCUGAUGGAUCUAUAUUUCCCAUCGAUGAACAAUGCCGAGAAUUGUUGCUAACAAGGCUCUUGGACAUGAGUUCAAGGGGUUUGCGGUGCUUAGGCUUGGCUUAUAAAGAUGAUUUGGGAGAGUUUUCGGACUACUAUACUGAGAAUCAUCCUGCCCAUAAGAAGUUGCUCGAUCCUUCAUCCUAUUCCUCAAUAGAAACUGGCCUUAUCUUUGUAGGGGCAGUUGGUAUAAGGGACCCUCCUCGAGAGGAAGUUCAUCAAGCGAUUGAGGAUUGCAGAGGAGCAGGAAUCAAUGUAAUGGUGAUAACUGGAGACAAUAAGUCGACAGCUGAGGCAAUCUGUAAGGAAAUUAGGUUAUUUUCUGAAAAUGAGGAUCUUGAAGGAAAAAGUUUCACCGGCAAAGAGUUUAUGACACUUUCAUCUGCGCAACAAAUUGAUAUUUUGUCGAGGCCUGGUGGAAAAGUUUUCUCUAGAGCGGAACCUAGACACAAGCAAGAUAUAGUGAGGAUGCUCAAAGAUAUGGGAGAAAUCGUUGCAAUGACUGGAGACGGGGUUAACGAUGCACCUGCCUUAAAACUUGCUGAUAUUGGAAUAGCUAUGGGCAUUGCCGGAACUGAGGUAGCAAAAGAAGCAGCAGAUAUGGUGUUGGCAGACGAUAAUUUCAGCACAAUUGUCUCGGCUGUUUCUGAGGGUCGUUCGAUUUACAAUAACAUGAAAUCUUUUAUCAGAUACAUGAUCUCAUCGAACGUUGGAGAAGUGAUAUCCAUAUUCUUGACUGCUGCUAUAGGAAUACCAGAAUGUAUGAUACCCGUGCAGCUCUUAUGGGUCAAUUUGGUUACAGAUGGCCCGCCUGCCACAGCUCUCGGGUUUAACCCAUCCGAUGUGGAUAUUAUGCAAAAACCGCCCCGAAAAAGCUCUGAUCCUCUCAUCACUUCCUGGAUUUUCUUUCGCUAUAUGGUGAUUGGCUCUUACGUAGGCAUUGCAACUGUUGGAGUAUUCAUAGUGUGGUACACUCGGGCUUCGUUUCUUGGUAUAAACCUUGUCAAUGAUGGCCAUACACUCGUCGAACUAUCACAGCUUCGAAACUGGGGAGAGUGCUCAACGUGGUCCAAUUUUACCGCAACGCCAUUCACGGUUGGUGGUGGGUCCCGCACGAUUAGUUUCUCGAACCCGUGUGAUUAUUUCUCGGUGGGGAAAGUGAAGGCGAUGACUCUGUCUCUUUCUGUGCUGGUUGCGAUCGAGAUGUUUAAUUCCCUAAACGCACUCUCGGAAGACAACAGCUUGGUCAGAAUGCCACCGUGGCGGAACCCUUGGCUGCUCGUUGCAAUGUCAGUAUCAUUUGGUCUGCACUGUUUGAUACUUUAUGUUCCGGUUCUUGCAAAUGUGUUUGGUGUGGUCCCACUGAGUUUGAGUGAGUGGCUUCUUGUGAUUUUGGUGUCGGCUCCGGUUAUUUUGAUUGAUGAAGUUCUUAAAUUUGUGGGGAGGAGGAAAUUAUUCAGGACCAAAGUUAAGCGAUCGUAAAUCGUUUCUUAUAAUAUCUCAUAUUGUGUUUGGUAAUCUUCUUCUUCUUCUUCUUCUUCUUCUUCUUCUUCUUGUUAUUAUCAUUCUUUUUUUGUUUCAUAAGUCUGUUGUGAAUUCUGAUAAUAUAUUUGAUUUAUUAUAUUUAAGUUCAUCAU